CAGAAUUAGGAACAUCACAAACCGAGGAGACCCCUGUAUCAGAAUACAAAAUGGACCGGAGGUCAAGGGGGCUGUGUAUGAUCAUCAACAACGUCGACUUUGAGGGAUCACACGAACCCCGCCUAGGAAGUGAUACAGACACAGGUAAAUUGGAGCGUCUGUUCAACAAACUUCAUUUCCAGGUGGAAGUCGAGAAGAAUCUUACAGCCAGUGACAUGCUUGAUUGGUUCAAAAGAGUCAGUCUGCGUAAUCACAGUGACUAUGACUGUUUUGCAUGUUGUAUCAUGACACAUGGGACAUUGGGUACAGUCUCCGGCACAGAUAACACGCCUCUGCAAAUACAACAGAUCCUGGGACUUUUCACAGGAACUUCAUGUCGGAGUCUUAUUGGCAAGCCAAAACUGUUUUUCAUACAGGCUUGUCAAGGCAGUAGCCAUCAAGAAGGAGUACAAGAAAUGGAUACUGAUGCUUUUCUGGUUGGAUUAGGAGCUGGCCUACCCGAAACACUACCUAAUGAAGCUGACUUUCUGCUGAGCUACUCCACGGUACCAGGAUAUGUCUCAUACCGUGAUCCAACACAAGGAAGUUGGUAUGUCAAUGCGUUAGUAGAUGAGAUGUCCAAGUCUCACAAUACUACUCAUAUUCUGGACAUCUUAACUAGCGUGAACAGCAAAGUGUCCGAUCUGAAUGCCCAAACCAUGAAACAGGUGCCAGCACCCUGCUAUACAUUAACUAAGGCUGUGUAUCUGCGUAGUCUGGUUCAGUAAAUCCAUCCUUUUAUCUGUAAGUUCAUAACAAGGAAGAGAUAAAAAGAAAACUGUGACACAACACAGACAAUUAAAUCAGUACCUUAUUCUCGUUUUUGGCUCUAGGGGACACGAUGGUUAUUUUCUUUUCUUGAAAAAGAAUUCACACACAGACUCACUUAAUGAGCACUGUGCUUGCCAGGGUCCAAUGGCCAGCUCAAAUCUAAUAUUACAGCAGGUACCGUAACAAAGGACUUCUGGUGGAGUUCUGCAUUUGGGAGACGCACAGUGUAAUAAUAGGUUUUACCUGAGUUGCAACCAUCGGUGAAUGAAAAACCGAAAAAGUAGUACAUUUAUAAACAUGCAUGAAUAUCUGUUUCCCAUAUAAUAUGAUAAUGUUGUAAUGGAUGGCAACUUAAGUACUGUACAGUGAAAUUUUGAUAAGUCCAACCUCAAGGCGACCGGUUCAAAAUUAGACUUAAGCAGAGUUUUGAGUUAAGAAGGGUUGUAUAUCAUUGUUAUACUACUAAAGGAAAUAGAUCCUUUGUUUGACUAAACAAUUGUUUUGCGUUAUCAGAGUUUGACUUAUUGAGAUUUCAACCAGUGCUGUUUAUCAUUAAAACUAAUCUUACAGUACGCCAACACCACGUUUGAUGAAGCUAUCGAUCACGACAAUUUAUCCAGGCCUAUAUUGUUUUAUUAAAAAUUAGAAUUUUUUUUCAUGAGGCCAGCAUGUAAUGGUUGGUUCUCUAGGUUGGCUUGUAUAUAACAAGCUUUAAAUUGAUCAGUUUCUGCUGGCUUGAUCUGUUGACGUCUCUCAUUUUAUACUUUAGCAGUAUUUUGUGAGUGUUUUGUCUUAUUUCAUGCAUAUUUUGCCUGUCAAAAUCCUAAUUUUAAUACUUUUGAACAAGUAAGACACAUACGAUUUUGUAAACAGCUGAAAUCUAUCAAUGUCUUGAUUAAUCACAUUAAUUUGAUAGCACAACAUUAAGCUGAUAGCACACUUCGUAGGUACAAAGAGUACUUUGAAAGCACAUUUUAAAGAAAAGAGUAAGGACUUAAGUAUUUCACCUUGUAUAGGUUAGUUUGUAUUUUUGUCUCCCUAAUAACAAUGACGAGACUGGCAAUCGGACAAUAGACUACAUAGUUCAUCAGCGAUCGCGAGGGGGGGGGGGGCUGUCAUUAUUAAUUUCCCUUUUUCCCUGCAAUUUUACUUGUAUUUUAUGUUUGUGUAGAGAGCCUGUUCAGUCAACCUUGUAUGCAGUCGGUCUCUUGACCGCAGCAUAGUUAACCAAUUCCCAGGUGAAUGAAUACAGUCUUUGGCUUUAUAUUCUUCCAUCCAGCGUAUCUAAAGGUUUUCCAGUGGGGUCAUAGUUAGUCAAAUUAGAUCUUGAGUUGUAAUAGGGACUUUAGGACUUACGUGAGCCACAUGCAAUGUAGAGGAGAUAACAAUGUAUAUGCUUUUUGAUUCCUGGUAUGUUUUAAACUUAGGUGUGGUCCCAUAUGCCGGCCAGAACACUCAUUAGACGCCACAGGUGUUUGACCUGACAGGUCUUUCAGUUUUGCGAUUAGAGAUAUUUUGAAUUCGUGUUUUUGAACCAGUUUGGCACCUUUUUUGCCGAAGAUUAUGCUGUGUGCACUUUGACGGUUUGCUGCAAUUUCUCUGUGAAAGUUUGUGUAAGUUUUGGCUCCUUUUAAUGCCAGUUUGGUCAUCUUGUCUUGAGAGAUGAUGGACCAGGCACUGGGCAAAGACACUAAGUGAACCUAGAAGAAACGAACUGUAAGGCUAAUUUCAUUUAUUUUUAUUUGUACUCAUUUACAAAGAUUUAUUGCUAGUAAAUUAUUUAUUAAUUUGAUUGCGAUUAUGAAAUAAUGUAUCUUCGAAUCUCGGUUGGAUUGUUGUUAUUGAGAAGUUGUUAAUCGAGAGCUUGAAUUGCCAGGAUGAAGUUGGAAUUAUGAUCAGGAUUUAUAGAGCUAGAACUCCUAGUUUUCAGAUUGGAAUUAGUUUCAAAGAAGUUUGGGAUGAACUAAAUAUUAGUGCCAACUAACUGUUCAUUGUUUUAGAGAUGUGAGGUUGUUAUAUUUCGGGUAUAUAUGUUGAUACUUGGAUGGCCAAGUACUUGAGUGACUAUCUGAUUGACAGAACUAGGCAGGACUCAUUGAGCCUGACCGCAGGCUAUAGGUUUCUGACACCUCGUUUGCCAAGGACAGGUUGAAGUUUUCUGCCAGAGUAGAAUAUUUAGGUUUUAAGUAGUAGCGCCGCACAUUUCACGGAUUCAAGGAGCAUGCAGUAUUUGCUGUUAAUCGUAUCAUUUGAUUGAAUAUCGUAGAUUAAUCAUUGAUUUGAUGCUGGGGUUUUCGAUGGCGUUUUAUAAUUCUUUAUUUGUUCUUUAAUUCGUCUGAUGUUAAUUCUUAUAUGUUAAGAUUUUAUGUAUAAGUAUUGGGGUUUUUUUGCAAAUUGGGAAGAGGAAUUUCACUUUUAGUUGUUUUUGUUUUAAUUGUUUUAAUAUUAAUUGUAAAAAAUAAAAUAUCGAAAACUGAAUUGAAUUGAUGUGGCAACACAUGUUAUGUUGGAUUUAAGAGUACAUGUGUUGUAAGUAAGCUUAGUAACCAGUUUCUCACUUUUUGGGAUUUGAAUAUAACUUUCUGAGACUUUAAACCUUAUCAUAUUUUAGACGCAUUUCGAGAGUUUGAAAUUUACAUUUUGUUUUUAACUUUUUAACUUGAUUCAGAGAUUCUGCAUCACAUAUUUUAGUAAAAAAAAGUGAAAUUUUCAAUCUGGUACGUAUUUCACCUACCCUGAAGCUUGAAUUACUCGUUUUAAACAUACAUGUACGUUUAUUUUGGGUGAAUAUUUGAUUGCAGUUUAUUUAUGUGAAUGUAAAUACGAUUCUUUGGGUUGUUGUCAAUCAGAUUAUUUGAAGGAGAAAUUGA